AUGCCACCGCCUUCUACGAAUGGAUACCUUAACACGCUAGCGGAAGAACUCACGGGUUGUGGGACGGCGCACAAUAAUGCUGGGAGAUGCUCUUUGUUGUAUCUUCCCCAUUCCACCGUUGAGACACCAGUUUUUAUGCCUGUAGGGACUCAGGGCUCCAUGAAAGGACUCACUUCUUGCCAGUUAAGAAAUCUUGGUUGUCAAAUUUGCUUAAGUAAUACAUAUCACUUAGGUCACCGUCCUGGCCCGAAAGUUUUAGAAAAAUUUGGAGGCUUGCACAAAUUUAUGGGCUGGGAUCGUUCACUUUUAACUGAUAGUGGAGGUUUUCAAAUGGUUUCUCUGUUAAAACUUUCUGAAGUUACGGAGGAAGGAGUGAAGUUUCAGUCUCCUCAUGAUAGCUCGGUGCUUAUGCUUACACCAGAGAAGAGCAUUAAUCUUCAAAAUAUAAUCGGUGCUGAUAUUAUAAUGCAGUUGGACGAUGUUGUGUCCAGCUUGACGACAGGGUCACGUGUCGAGGAGGCCAUGCACCGAUCGAUUCGUUGGCUCGAUCGUUGUAUAGCCGCACACGCAAGGCCACGUGAUCAAAGCAUGUUCGCUAUUAUUCAAGGUGGACUUGACCUUUCAUUACGCAAAGUUUGCCUUUCAGAAAUGAUAAAAAGAAAUCUGCCGGGGUACGCUAUCGGUGGAUUAAGUGGCGGGGAAGACAAGCAACAAUUUUGGAAAGUUGUCAGUCUUUGUACAGAUGAACUUCCUCACGAUAAGCCGCGCUAUUGCAUGGGCGUGGGGUACGCCACCGACUUGGUUGUUUGCUCCGCACUCGGCGUGGAUAUGUAUGACUGCGUAUUUCCCACCAGAACGGCUAGAUUUGGAGUGGCGCUUACCAGCACGGGCUCCAUAAAUCUUUCGCAAAAGAAAAAUCAAGUGGACUUUGUACCCAUUGAAGCCUCUUGUUCUUGUUUUACGUGCGAAAACUACACUCGAGCGUAUCUCUACAGCAUUUUCAACGAGGAAGUGGCCAAGCAUUUGAUUACCAUCCACAAUCUUCACUAUCAAUUAAAUUUAAUGUCUCGAAUUCGUGAAAGUAUCAUCAGCGAUACUUUUCCAGAAUUUGUUGUUCAGUUUAUGAAAGAUUUAUAUCCCAAUAAUAAGUAUCCAGCUUGGGCUGUAGAUGCUUUGUCCAGCGUCAACAUCACUUUGUUAUAA